AAGCCGGCUGUCGGGCUGACAUCUUACCAGGCCGCUAGGCUAAGCGAACAAGUUUUUUGUAAAGUAUAAUCUAACGUUUUGCGAGGUACGAUGGCACAUUGAAAUGGCCCAGAAAGAUACGUUGUUACAUCUCUUCGCAGGGGGAUGUGGUGGAACCGUAGGUGCCAUCAUGACUUGCCCCCUGGAGGUGUUAAAGACUAGACUGCAGUCUUCGGGCCUCACCCUCAGACCGGUUUUCCAGGUCCAGCUGGGCACAGUCAAUGGUGCUGGAUUCAUUCGACCGGGAACCGUUACUCCUGGCCUGCUGCAGGUUUUCAGGUCAAUUCUUGAAAAAGAAGGACCAAGAUCUCUUUUCAGAGGAUUGGGUCCAAAUCUUGUUGGUGUUGCCCCCUCAAGGGCAAUCUAUUUUGCAGCCUAUUCAAAGUCAAAAGAGACUUUCAAUGGCAUUUUUGUGCCAAACAGUGGAAUGGUCCAUAUGUCCUCAGCUGGCUUUGCAGCUUUCUUGACAAACUCCCUGAUGAAUCCCAUCUGGAUGGUCAAAACAAGAAUGCAGCUUGAAAAGAAGGCACGAGGGGAAAAGAAAAUGAAUGCGUUACAGUGUGCACGCUACGUGUACGGAACAGAAGGUGUGCGAGGUUUUUACCGGGGCCUGACCGCAUCGUACGCUGGCAUCUCAGAGACCAUGAUCUGCUUCCUUAUUUAUGAGACACUGAAAAAGUACCAAGCACAGAGGCGAUUUACAACGCCCACAACUGACACCGAGAAGGGGGCUUCAGAUUUCCUGGGCCUCAUGGCUGCUGCUGCAUUCGCCAAGGGCUGCGCCUCCUGCAUAGCUUAUCCACAUGAGGUCAUUCGGACAAGACUACGAGAAGAGGGAAGCAAAUACAAGUACUUCUUUCAGACGGCGCGCCUUGUUGCGGUUGAGGAAGGCUAUACGGCUUUUUACAGAGGACUCAUUCCACAGCUCAUCAGACAGAUCCCCAACACAGCCAUAGUGCUUUCUACCUACGAGCUCAUUGUCCAUCUGCUGGGUGAACCCUCUAAAUGAAGCUCCACAAAACAAGAACACAAAGAAACUUUGAGCUGCAGCUAAAGUGUGGACUGAAUAUAAUCAUGUGGUUACAGGAAUGUUCUUGUAUUGGGAAGUAUGAUUGAAAUAAUAUCCAAAGACUUUUAAAGGCUUAUUUUUUUUAUUUAAGUUGAAUGCACAUGUUAUCAGGAACAUUUUGCUUGUUUGUGUUAUGUAAAUGGCACAUAUGGGAUGGGUACUCCAGGAGUUUAUGUACACUGUGUCACUGUACAAGGCAAAAGGUCAUCUAAAUACUCAAAUAGUCCUUUUAAGUUAACUAAAUUAUUCUUAAUAUAGUAGCAGCUUUUUGUUGCGGUCAUUAAAUUCUUUGGGUCUACUAUAUCGGUAAUGUCCAAUGGUUAUGUAGUUAAUCAUUAGUGGAUCCUAGUUUAAUGUUCUUGGAAUGGAAAUGACACCGAAAUGAGGUUGUAGAAUACCUCUUUAAGAGCUGACGAUCUCCUGUUGCAUUUUGAACAUUUUAGAUGCAUUCUGGAGGCUGACCAAUUAAUUCUGAUCUCUUUACUAGAGGGGUUUCAUCUGUUUACUGUUUCUUUUCUGUGAUCUGAAACUUUACAGAAAGGAGAGCCUUGAUGCAUAUGCAUCAGUUUGUUAAAUAAAAGAAAUAAUGAAAAGUAAUUGUUUUCUUUUUUUUUUUUUGAGCUGUAAAAUCUGAAUGCAAAAAGUGCCUUUUUAAAGCCUGUUGGGUGGAAUUUGACUUAAUACAACUACUUUGAAAAUGGAGUAAGUGUGAAUAAUCCCAUGAUGCCUGUGGUAUACAUGAAGCUACAUGAGGUACGAAAACAAAAAUAUGAUCUUUGAGCCUACUAGUAAGGUCAAGGUAUUAUCUCAUGUUGCACAAUGCUGUGAGAGGUGAGGUGUUAAUAAACAAGGUAAGUGGAAUGUAUUAAUCUUUCAUGUGGUGCAGCAGUGUGCUGAUCAUGUACCGUUUCAAAUUAUUUACUCUAAAGCAUGUUAGCAACAUCACAUGUAUUUAAUAUUUGGUUAACUUUCACUGAGCUCUUUAUGUUGUGUAUUCUGCUCACUACAAUUGUACAGAGUGGUUAUCUGAGUUACUGUAGCCUUUGUCAGCUCGAACCAGUCUAGCCAUUCUCUAUUGACCUCUCAUCGACAAGAUGUUUCUAUCCGCAAAACUGCCGCUCACUGGAUUUUCUUUUGGUUUUGGGUACCGUUCGGCGUAAAUUAGAGGCUGUUAGAAAAUCACAGGAGAUCAGCAGUUACAGAAAUACUCAAACCAGCCCAUCUGGUGCCAACAAUCAAGCCACGCUUCAGAUCAAUGAGAUCAAAUUUUUUUACCAUUCACAUCAACAAUCAGAACAUUAACUGAAGCUCCUGACCUGUAUCUGCAUGAUUUUAUGAAUUGCUGCCACAUGAUUUGCUGAUUAUAUAAUCUCUUGAAUAAGUAGGUCUACAGGUGUACCUAAUAAAGUGCUCACUGAGUGUGUAUGUGUG